GAUGCUUAUUUGGAUGAUAAGAAUGGUAUGGUACUUUUAUCAUGUUUUACAGCUCUUGAUUUACAUCUUAUUUUUUUAUUCUUUGUGCCCGCUCCUUAUGCCUUUUCAGAUAAAGACUUCAAUCCAGAAGGUGUCAAGAAGACGGGCACCAAAAAAAGUCAAUUGUCGUUGGGAAGCAAUAAUGUGAGAAGGUCUGGAAGGAAAAAGGGGGGCAAAAAUAUCCAGCCACCAAAAAAAUCAAUCAAAGAUGAGUUGGAGAAAACAAAACUACAACUUAAAGAGCUGACAGGUGCUGUAAAGCCUGCUGAAAGUGAAAAGCUGAAACCUGGUCCACUAAUUCAGACCUUUAAAAAAGCUAAAAAAGUUCCUACCAAGGAAGACAUAAUAUGUCAACUUAGUUCGUCUGCCAUAGAAGAACGGUUCAUCGACCAAAUUUAUGAUGGGUGCCUAAUGACCAAGCCCGAAGUGACGUGGGAUGAUAUUGGGGGCCUCGAGCCAAUGAAAAUUUCUAUGAAGGAAAUGAUUAUAGAUCCCUUGAAACGACCCGACAUUUUCAGAGGUCUCAGGGCAGCACCGAAAGGUGUUCUGUUGUACGGGCCACCUGGAACUGGGAAAACAAUGAUUGCUCGAUGCAUUGCAUCCCAGUGCGACUCUUCUUUUCUUAAUGUCAGUGCCAGCAAGCUCACCUCCAAGUGGGUGGGCGACGGUGAGAAAGCUGUGCAAGCGCUCUUUGCUGUAGCUAGAGCUAUGCAACCGUCGAUCAUCUUUAUCGAUGAGGUAGACUCUAUGCUGUCAAAACGAACAGAGAAAGAAAACGAGUCGUCGAAAAAGAUGAAGUCUGAAUUUCUUGUUCAGAUGGACGGUGCUGCAUCACAGGAAGCUGACAAUGUAUUGGUCAUUGGGGCGACCAACCGCCCAGAUGACUUAGAUGAGGCAGUUAGGCGCCGCUUCCAAAAGCGGUUCAUGAUACCAUUGCCUGAUAAUCAGGGGCGACUUCAAAUUCUGAAGGCCGUAUUAGCGCAUGAGAAAAUAGCCUUGGAAGAGGCGGACUUCUGUACAGUUGCAAAUUCCUUAGAGGGCUACUCUGGAGCCGACAUAAGGAAGGUCUGCGCUGAGGCCUCAAUGACACCUGUUCGGGAAUGGAGUGGUUUCCUCGACACAGUUGAACUCUCCGAGAUCAGAGCAAUUGAGCUGCAUGAUUUGAUGGAAGCUGCCGAGCGUGUCAAACCUUCAGUAUCUUUGAAAGAUUUGUCCCAUUACGAAGAUUUUCACAAGCUGUAUGGGGACAAACCUUAGCAUGCUUUAAGAUAUACUUACAACUUCUAUUUGUUUUUGUAUUUGUUUUACAUGCCAAUGCGGGUGUUUUUAAUAUUUUCAGUGUUUUUCUAUAUCUUUCUUUAAACGUUUUUACAUUAGACAAGUAUUAAGUUUCUUGUGUACGCCUGUGUUAAUGAUUGAGUUUCUUUUACAUUCCA